GGAAUAUGUGUGCGAAGGUAUUGAAUAAAGGUGUAAGCCAAUAUCUGCAAUUCAAAAACGGAGUGAAAAGCGUGGAUGAACAGUGAUGAGUAUUGUACGACGGCGAAGAUCUAAGGAAGAAGAGUAGGACGAAAGGUGAAGGAUUAUUAUUGAAGGUCGAAGAGUUAUAGAGCAGACCUAAAUAAUCAGAAUGUGGCAGACUUUGGAUAUUGUUGUGCACUACGGUGGAACAUUUGAAAGGGGCAAACCAACGCGAUAUGUGAAUGGGUGCAUUGAAGUAAUUAAGAGUGACCCCGAUGUCAAUUCUUAUCCUCAUUUGAAGAAGUUUCUUGAAUCUGGGCCAUUUGGAUAUGUGAAAGAAAUGCUUUACAAACUGCCAUCUGAACCUUUAGAAGCAUCAAGGAUUUUAGUGGAUGAUGCAAGCACUUUGGAGUUGGUAAGUAUGUGUUCUAGUGUUGGAAAAUGUGACUUGUAUGUAGUGAAUGGGGAUGGUGCUGGUGUUGGUACACAGAAUGUGGAUGCAGUGGAAAUGGAUGGGCUUCUUGAUCAAAGAGAUGACACAUACAUGAGUGAUGAACCUGAUUUUGAUGAUAUUGGAUCAUUACAUGGUGAUGAACAUGUAAAGCAUGUUGAUGGGAAUGGGUGUGAUGAAUCUGAUGGUAAUGACUCCGAUGAAUCUAGUGUUGGGCUUAAUCAAUUAUGCAAUGUUGAAGUGCACUCUUGUCACGACGAACAAGUGUUGAGGGUGCAGUCCAAGCAAAAAAUGACUCAAACUGUAAAUGAACAAGAAGCUGAGAGUUCAUAUACCGCAGAACUACAUUCUUCAGACAACCCACCCACAUAUGAGUGUUGUCAAUUUACUUUACUGUGUACAUUAAAUGUAUAUUAAGCAGGUUGUUGUUGUUGUGUAAUUUUCAGUUUGUUAAUGAAUUGUGUAUGAAAGCUUACAUUCAAAAUUGUGUUGGCAUUUUUCUGUGUAUGAAUUCUGUAUAUGAAUUGUGUAUGAAUUGUGUAUGGAAGCUUUCAGGUUGGUCAUGCA